AUGCUCGGAAGUCUUUGCCCAUUCUCGUCUUCUUCAUCAUCGUCGUCAACAUCAUCAUCAUCAUCGACUCGGCCACCUUCAACAGCGAUGACAAUACCAGGCGCACGAGGUCGGAGUGACCAGGCGGCAACACCCUCAGUGCAGUUAAGUUUCGUGGCCCACUCAAUGGGUGGUUUGAUUGUUCGUGAGGCAUUGCCGCAACUGUUUCGGGAGAUUCAGCGCCAAGAAGGGCAGCUGCAGGUGAAGUGGGCCAUGUUUUGCUCGAUCGCAACGCCGCAUGCAGGCACAUGCCAUAUGGAUGCCUUUUUGCGCUCGUAUAUGGGUCGAUUGAUUGGGCAAUUGUACUCCACGGCUUACCACGACAUGUUUCUACAGUCAAAUGUUCUUUCAGAGCGACUGCUAUCAGUGGAGCACCUGGCGUGUCUCGCAGCGUUUGAGAGGCGCGUACUUAUUUCAAGCAUCAAUGACCUUAUUGUCCCAUUGAUGAGUUCCAGUUUCAUGUUGAAACCGACACAAUGCGGACUCAUGGGAAAGGACGCCCAGAAACGGGAAAUCACCGUGUGCGCAUCCAACGAAGAGGAGAUGCGUGCCAAGCGGCGACACAUCACGGAACUCAGCGCAAAUGAUUGGCCCUGUGAUACUUAUCCAGUGGAGCGACGCAUUAUUGAAGCCCUGCUGCAGGGGUCGGGUGCCUUUGACUCCAUUGUAGUGGAUUUCCGUCGGUUGGUUGAGCCCAACAGAGAUCAGCAGACCAAUAGGGAGGCGCGUUACUACGCACAUCAACUUUCGCAUCGGGCGCUGGUCUGCAAGGAACCGGUACACAAACUGGAGGAUGUGUUUGGCUUCGUGUCGCGUAUGGUGGCGCGCGAGAUUGCUUCUACUUCUACUUCUGUUUCUGCUACUACUAAUAUGACUACUACUGGCGGCGAUGAUGAUGUUGAUGUUGUCGGUAGGUAG